CACCUAAUAAUCUUGGGGUUUUAAUUCAAGCAAUGUCAAGGGUUUUGUUAAUUCCUCUUGAAAAAUGACCCAGAGUUAGCUAAGAAAAGAGAUCUCAAUAAAUCUACGAUCAAUGAAUCUUGUUCUGUUUUAGUGAAUCCAAUCAAGCCAUUUGAUUCACAUCGAUGGCGUCCAUGUGGACUCGAAUUAUGCGAAUUCUGCCUUGUUUUACUGCUGUUAUCGGAUUCAUCUGUUACGGCCUCAGCUCGAACCAUAUAAUUGGAAAUUGGAACAUUUGGAAGGUAACUCUAUACACUCUUUUCAGUUUUAUCAUGUGUCUAUCCGUCUUCUUUGCUAAGAAAUGUGAAGACUUCAUUACUACUUCCAUCAAAUUUCAUUUGAUAUUUUCGGUUUUUGGAGCUACAACUGUUUACUCCUAUUUCCAUGAUGAAGUUCAGAUAAAUCCAAAUGUGUUUAGUUUGAUUUCGUCUGCUGCUUUUGCUAUCAUGUCACUAAGUUUAUCAAAGCAGACUAAGUUUGGAUUUGAGGUUGAUCUCUUAACUUUUUUCUGCGGACAUCUAAUUUUACAACUCAUGAAGUUAAAUCUGUUUUUCACCAUUCCUGGUUUUGGAUUCGGUAUUUUCAUCUUCUAUCUUCAUUUGGGUUUCGGUGGCCCCAAUGAAAUAAGGGAUCGUGCACCUGAAAUUAGAGACGGAGACGUAGUCAUUCAAGUGGAUUCAAACUCCGAAGUAACAACUAAUAAUACUAUGGUUCCUCCUGCUAUUAUUCAGAUGGUUUCACCUAACGUGCAGGAGGAAACCUUACCCAACACAAAUAGUAGUAGUAUUACUGCUCCUAUUGGUUCACCUUCACAACAAAGAAAUAUUGAUAACAGGGUUCAGAGCAGCCUCGAAAUUUGCCUAAAGGAGCUAGGUGAGAUGGAUGAGAGGCUUAACAACAUGAUUUUCCAGAAAGUGUUGGAUGGACAAGUCUUUGAUGAUAACUCUGAUCAACUGGAAAAUAUUUGGGGACGUAGCCGCGUGAUUGAGGAGACAAAGGACAUCAAGAAGAACAUUUGCAAAGCAUUGAAGAAAAUGUUCGAAGCUGGGUAUGUGACAGAGUAUUGCAACGCGUACGACACUCUUCGGAAUAGAUUUAUUAACACGUGCCUGUGUAGAUUUCAAUUGGAGGAGUUUAGUUUGAGCGAUGUAAAGAAGGAGGAUAUUGGGACUUUUAUUAAUGCUUUCAAGGCUGCUCUGAAUAUACUUCGCAAUGAAAGAAGACUCUUUGACAACUUCUUCUUCGGGUUCUCUCUUGUGAAGUGCAAUAUUUUUUCCUCGUUGGAUUGGAUUAGAGUUGAAUUUGACUGGUUGGCUAAAUUGUUGGCGUUGCAAUCUCGUGUGUCACGUCCUUCUUUUUACGGUUGUGCAAUCCAUCCCCUUACCCGCAAAGUUAUGAAGCGCCUCAUGUAUAUUUCUCGAAAUUUUGAAAAUGCGGCUACUUGCUUCAACAUUCCUGGGAUGAUACAGUUGUUAGAGACUAAUGUGGAUGUGAAGUCUAAAAGCUAUACGGAACAGAACCGGGCUUUGGGCUAUCUUUUCAAGCUGAAUAAUACUAGAUUUAUACAAGUGAUUGCCUCAUAUCAUUCCUUGUUAGCCAUUUUGGGUGCAGAUUGGGACCGAAUGCAAAGUGUAAAAGUCCUACAAAACAUCAAAGACUAUCUAAGAUGCUCAUGGGAGAAAGUUACACGCCUACUGGUGAGAAAGGGAAAUGAAAAUGACUCAACAGUAACUUUAAAGGUUUUUGUAGACACGAUGAGAUUGUUCGACCAUCACUUUUUAGAUGCAUGUAGAGCUCAGUCUACUUGUUUUGUCAUCGAUGACACACUAAGGAAAGCAAUGAGAUUGUACUUGAAAAAGAUGUUGCUGUUGCUAUAUGAAAAUUUCAUUGGGAGGUUCCAGGAUGUUCUUGGUAAAGAUGUUGUUGAUCACCAUAUCAAGUAUAGCAUAAAAGACAUUGAAGUUCGACUCAAAAAUCUAUUUCUUGAAAGCCAGUCGAUGAAUCAGUUUCCAGAAGAAGGCAAGCAUAGGAGCCAACUGAAGAGAAGGGUACCCAAGCUUGAGCAUAAAUAUGAUUCCAUUUGAGAUUGAGAUAUUCUCUCAUUCUCCAAAGUAUCAAACUUAUGGUGCCUAAUUCACCUCCUCCUCUGAUAUAUAUAUAUAUAGGUCUAAGAAUUUGCGGCUGUGUAAUAUAUAACACUUGUGCUCAGAAUCAUAUAGGGUAAAUGACAACCUUAAAAAUCACCACCAUGGUGACAUGGGUUUGAACCAUUGAUUAUAUACUUUUAUACUCUAAGAGCUGAGAUUUUAGCCGAAUGAGGAGGCUUCACUGAUUGCUGUAUUAGGACAGUUGUAGGACAGUUGUAAAAUACUAAAAGUUGUGUAACAAUAUGGGGCAAUAAUAUGUUUAUGACGAUAAAUAAAAUUUUUAUAGUUUGACAUGAGUUUCGGUGCCCUUC